CGGGAAGUAAGGAGUUCGGAGGGGCGUCAUUAAGUUGUGUACUUAUUGCUCUCGGACAUUAUCGCCCUAACCCAUAAGGCGGAGUUGGUUGAUUGUCAUCGACCUCACUUAAAUGCAAAACAUGAACCCUAAUCCUCCCCACCCUCCCCAGACGGGGGGAAUGGUUGUUCAAGGAAUGAUGGUCCAGGGAGCACCUCCUGCAAACCCAAGCGGAGCAGAGGACCCAAAUCGUAUCAAAAUGCUCCUGGAUCUGUGCUUUGACGAUGGUCUCUUCCCUGAAUCAGAGAUUGAAUUCGGAGUGACAGAGAUCAUAGACGGAGUGGGAGUCCUAACGCUGAGUGAAGAGGUCAACAUGGCUACAAUCAAUUGGCUCAAAGCCAGAACGGUUAUAGUGGUGUUUGAUGAACCAGCCAUGUCAAUCAGUGUGGCACAAAGAGAGCAAUUGAUCCGAAUCUAUGAGGACGCAUGGUACUUAGAACCGACCGUCAACCCAUCACAGAAACGGGGACACACUCACGGGGAGGGCCCUAACAUCACGUGUUACAUAGCAAGGAAUGCGAGGAUAGCAGAAUGGAUGAUCAUGAAAAGCGAGGACAUGAUACCUACGAGAAACGGAGCAAUUAAGGGGAUUUUUAAACCCUGGAUGACCAAGCAGGAAAUAGAUGAGAUGAGAGACAACGAUGCAGCAGAACGGAAAGUGGAUGCAAGAUUGCUCCUGCAGUUCAUGGCGGAGAGAGAACUUACAGACUCGUUCAGGCAAAUGCACCCUGAGGACCCCGGCUUCACAUGGUUUUCAAAUCAGCAAAGGGAAAACCAGCCAAUGGCAAGACGCAGGCUGGACUUGAUGUUAGCCAGAGGGGCAGCUUGGGAGGCCAUGACCGAAGUCUUGGUAGACACAACAUAUAUGUUGGACCAUAAACCAGUAUUGGCAAUAUUAAGGUUGGGUGGAGGUUUGAAGAAAGAAGCUGGUUUUUUUCGUCUAAACACAGAGAAUUUGAAGAAUCCAGCGGUGUUGGAUUGGUGCAAGAGACACUGGGAAGACUGGGAGAAAACGAGAGAGUGGUUUGCAUCAGAGGAAGAGUGGGUCCAACUCGGAUUCCGCAUGGUGACCAGAGCCUUGGACGCCUUCUCCAGAAUACUAGCAAAGCAAAGAAACAGGGAAGAACAAGAGUGCCUCGCCCUGAUUGAGGAAGUGGAAGAUCAGAUGGGGAGAGAUCCGCUGACAAAUAUUUAUUGGGAAAGGAGAAGAAUCAAUGGGGUGAAGAAGUUGGAGAUUAUCCAGAUUGAACAGCAGGAGGCCUGGGCAAAGAGAGCAAGGGAGAGAGGGAUGGCGCAAGUGGAUCGCAUGACUAAAGACACGUUUCACAGACUAUGUCCACCGCACAGUCAUAGCAAGAUCAGAGCACUGCAACACCCCUUUAAUGCACAGGCAGAUCUAGUUGUAACAACCGAAGCGAUGUCCCAGUUUGCGGCCGAGUAUUAUUUAGACAUCCUUACCUCACGAAGACCUCCAGAGGAAUCGCUGGUGGAGAUGCAAAAUCAGGGCAACAUGUGGCAACACACCUCAGAGGCUUUGACGCAGCAGCAGAGACUCAGCCUGGACCGACCCUUCACUCUAGAGGAACUGAAGGAGGCAACUAAAAGCAUGGCGAGGGGAAAGUCGCCCGGGGACGAUGGCCUCCUGGUCGAAUUUUUCGAAGCUACGUGGGGGCAAGUAGGACCGAUAUUGCUGAGCUUGUUCAACAAGGUUUUGGAGGGUGGACGUUUGACCGAAGACAUGUGCAGGGGGGUCAUUACACUGUUGUACAAGAAGGGGGAUAAGUUGAAUGUCAGGAAUUGGCGCCCGAUCUCCCUUCUCAAUGUUGCAUACAAAAUACUUGCAAAGGCCCUAUCACGAAGACUAGGACAGUUCCUCCCCGAUUUGGUGAAGUCUGAUCAAGGAGCCUUCGUCAAAGGGAGGUCGAUAGCGGAGAACAUUAUGGUGGCGAUGGGGGCAUUGGAGGUGAUAGGGAAGGAGAAGAGACAGGUUCUAGUGUCAAUGCUAGAUCUGGAGAAAGCGUAUGAUCGGGUGAAUUGGUCCUUUGUGCUGACGACACUCGAACACAUGAGCUUUGGUGUAUGUUCCCGGAGAUGGGUGGCAGGUAUGUACAAGCGCUCGACAGCAACAGUGCUGGUCAACGGCAAGAAGUCACAAGAAUUCGCCCUCACUAGAUCAUUAAGGCAAGGGUGCCCGCUGGCCCCUCUCCUUUUCGUGUUACAGAUAGAAGUGGUCCUCAAUGCAACAAGGUCAAACAGACUGGUGAAAGGCUUGGAGUUGAGGGAGGAGGUGAAGACCGGUGCGAUCGCUAACGACCUGCUCCUCAUCACAGAGGCCACCAGCGAGUCCAUGGGAGCAGCGAAAGGGGUCUUGGACAUGUACGCAGACCUGUCAGAGGCCAAGGUCAACUGAGACAAGUCUGUAUACUUCCUCCCGGAAGAAUACGACGUUAUAGAGGAUUGGACCAUGAAGGGCAUAGGGCUUAAUGAGUCGG